UCUGUAAAUUACACCCGUCACACGUCACACGUAUCACGUAAAAACCCUUCGCCAUCCUCAUCGUUAAGUUCAGAGCUGUCAAUCAGCCAAUCAGAUAAGUGAUCCAUCUACUUGCGUGACCUGACUCGAUUAACAUUCAACACGUACCCUUGAACAAAUAAAUUUUGUGUUGAAUGAAGAAAACGAGAUGGCGGCGUUUCUUUUGUUGCUGUUUUUCGCUACUCUUUCAAACUGUUUGGCGGCAAAUAUUGUCAUGAUUCCCAUGUUUGGGAGGAGCCAUCAUCUGUUUGUCUCCCGACUUGGACAAGAACUGGCGGAGAGAGGUCAUCAGGUCAAGAUAUAUGUGGGAGCGAGCCAAAGUUAUGCAGUAAAUGAUUCACUUGUACGAGUCUUCAACGAUGACAAUUUUCUUCCAGUGCUGCAGUCAUCACCAAGAAGCUCUGAAACUUUCAAAUCGUACAGCCCAAGACAAGGAUGGCAAAUGCUCUCCAUGUAUCAGUCAGUUUACUGUGAUGACCUUCUUAGUAAUACAGAUGUCAUGGAUGAGAUAUCUCACGCAGACCUCGUUGUUGGUGAAUUCAUUUACCUCUGUUCGACUUUAGUAGCUGAUAAAUUCUCACUUCCACAUGUUCUGAUAGCAGCUAUCUCACUGGAUUUUAUCUCAGCAUUCGCCUUCGGCUUACCCGCCCCACCUUCCUACAUACCACAGUUUGGAGUUACUCUUUCAGACGAGCUAACAUUUUCGGAAAGAGCCAGGAGUCUUUUUCAGUGGAUUUUUCUGUAUGUAUCUUACAUUUACGAUCUCUGUCCCACUUUUGAGAAGAUCAAGACAAAGCACAACAUUACACCCGACAAGAGCAUACAAGAAACACUUGGCACGGUUGAUAUGAUAAUCGGUCAAGCGAAUUUCUUUAUAGAGAAACCAAGGCCUCUUUAUCCGAAUACACGUGUUGUGGGUCCAUUCCUUGCCAGCCCAGCCAAAUCUCUUCCAGACGAGUUAGAUCAGUUCGUGCAGAAGGCUGGAGACGAGGGGGUGAUCUUGGUGUCGUUUGGCACAGUGGUUGGAGCAAUGAGUGAUUCAUUACUGAAAAUUAUGGCUGAAACUUUCUCCAAACUACCACAGAAAAUUAUAUGGAAACUCAAGCCCAGCGAUAUUUCAAAACUCACCGUUAGUGACAACAUCAAACUGUUGCCGUGGCUGCCCCAGAAUGACAUUCUUGGCCACCCCAAGACACGCCUAUUUAUAGCACACGCAGGACUGAAUGGAGUGCUGGAAUCAGCCUACCAUGGUGUUCCUAUGAUAUGUUCACCUUUCUUCGGAGAUCAAUCACGCAACGCUCAGGUUGCAAAGCAGGCUGGGUUUGCUGAGGUGGUAGAUCUUGAUGUCACAUCUGCAGAGGAGUUCGUUAGUUUGAUACAGAAGGUUUUAACAGAUCCCAGCUAUCGAGAGAAAGCACAACGAAUAUCAAAAUCUGUGCAGCUGUUGCCGCGUUCACCCGUCAAGGAAGCUGCUGAUUGGGUAGAAUACACGCAGGUUCAAGGUGGUUUGCAGUUCCUAAGACCACGUGGCCUGGAUCUGCCGUUUUAUAAGCUCUUCCUCCUUGAUGUUUUAUUCGUGGUACUCUUAGUUUCAGUUGUUGUUUUAUUGGUCAUCAUUCUGAUGUUUCGAUCUGUAAUACGCUCUUUAUCAAGGUCCUCAAGGAAAGAGAAGGUAAACUGAAACGAGAUCGAGUUAGAAAUCGGUUUUUAUUCUGAUUUGCAUUACGACUUCUUGUAGUUCCUCUUGAACUAUUCCCUAAAUCAAAUGAUAGGUAAAAUACAUUUCAGUAUGAGGUGAGAUAAUCUGUCAUUAGUAUUUCAGAGAGACCGUACAUCUUAGAUGACACGCGUUGAUCUCUAGCCGACCACCAUGUGAACACAGUACUAGUAUACGUAGUACCAAACACAUUUAAAACAUAGCUGAAGUAAAGCGCGCUCUGAUUGGUCAA